AUGGUCAACGGAACCCAAAACCGGAGGCAACCGCGACCCCGGGUCCACCACCAGAGGACCUGGGCUGCAAAAUGUUUCAUGGCAAGAACAUUGGAUGGAGGCGACAAGAUUCAAGCAAACCGCAGGCCGAUACAUAUGGUGUACACGUACAUGCGCUUCGCGAUCCACGCAGAAACGGGCCUUGGAAAGCAAAUCGGCGUAGCGAAACUCCUCGGGAAGUUACUCAACAAUAACCAGAUUCUUGCGGUGGCUUUGACAUGUUUUGACGCCGUCGGCAGCACCCAACCUUCGCCUCGUGGACGCAGCAGGCAUAGCAAACAGGAGGGAUACGGCCAAGACGGCAGCGGGUCACGCAGUGAGGAAUCGAUCUACGACCAGCUUCCAGGGAGCACAUGCUGGCCAAUCUGCACGACUACCGGUCUGGCCACCCCAACAGGCGAGACACGGAGACAGGGUGCGGCCGCCCGCGGAGGCACCCGCGACGGCCCCGGACUGGCCGGAUCGCCCGGUCCGGUGGAGCGUCCUGCCCCUGACCCCUGCUCUGGCGAGCAUUGGGGUGUCCCACGGAAUGACACCUUGAAAUCCGCUAAAUCCAGCGUCAGGGAGCAAGCCUCGUUCUUGGCAGACACCCUCAAGGCGUCGAUGGUGUCCCAGCGUCGUGCAAUUGGGAGGGUCCAGCGCCAUAUCGCUCGAGUUACCUGCAGGCGCUCUUCGUAA